UAUUGUCACUAGGUGGCAAUAAUGCUCCGACGAAUGGAAGUCACGCGUUUACAACAAAACGAUGAAAAGAACAUCCGGUUGUUUCAAGAUGGCGCCGCCCGUGGAGGAAAGCGUGAAAGAUCCACCACCUGAGAAAAAGGCUAAAAAAACAAAAAAUCAAGUUGAUGAAUCGGAGCUACUGACUGUACCAGAGGGAUGGAAGGAACCUGCUUUCACCAAAGACGACAACCCCAGAGGUUUACUAGAUGAGAGCAGUUUUGCCACCCUGUUUCCAAAAUACAGGGAAGCAUAUCUGAAAGAAUGUUGGCCCCUUGUACAGAAAGCCCUUGGAGAAGUAUUUAUUAAUGCCAAUUUGGAUUUGAUUGAGGGAAGUAUGACCGUCAAGACCACAAAGAAGACGUUUGAUCCAUAUGCCAUCUUGAGGGCUAGAGAUUUAAUAAAGCUACUGGCACGAAGUGUACCAUUUGAACAGGCUGUCCGAAUACUGCAAGAUGACAUGGCUUGCGACAUCAUAAAGAUCGGCACAUUGGUGCGGAACCGAGAACGCUUUGUAAAAAGAAGACAGAGGCUGAUUGGACCAAAGGGAUCCACAUUGAAGGCUCUGGAGCUGCUCACAAGCUGCUAUGUGAUGGUGCAGGGCAACACAGUAUCAGCCCUGGGUCCCUUCAGUGGCCUCAAAGAGGUGCGGAAAGUGGUGUUGGACACAAUGAAGAACAUCCAUCCUAUUUACAAUAUUAAGACGUUGAUGAUCAAGCGAGAGCUUUCCAGCGACCCCGAGCUGCGCACCCAGAGCUGGGAACGCUUCCUCCCCAAGUUCAGGCACAAGAGCCUGGCCAAGCGCAAGCAGCCCAAGAAGAAGGUGGUGAAGAAGGAGUACACGCCGUUCCCUCCACCACAGCCGGAGAGCAAGAUUGACCAAGAGCUGGCAACAGGAGAAUUCUUCCUACGUGAGAGUGAGAAGAGGAGAAAGAAGAUGAGUGAAAUAAAGGUGAAACAAGCUGAAGCCCUGAGUAAGAGACAGGAGGAACGGAACAAAGCUUUCAUCCCACCCAAAGAGAAGCCUGUAGUGAAGAAGGACAAGAAAGACACAACAGAAUCUAAAAUUGACAUCCAGGCCAUCAAAGACAAAGUGAAAAAAGCUAAGAACAAGAAGCUUGGCGCACCCCCCACCCCUCAGCCCAGACCCUCAGAUGAAAAAAAGAAGAAGAAGAAGAACAAAGGAUAACCAUGAUAACCCGUAACCAUGAGGACCAUUAUUUUCAGUCGACAAGGACAAUGAAGCUGUAAACCACAGUUGUGCCGUGUGUCUUUAUUUCGAUGAAACAAAAACAAACAAAUGGAGUAGAAGUAAUGGAAGAAAUGUUUUAUAAAAGUUUUUUUUAAUAACCUGUAUUCCCUGAAAUAAAACAACUUGUACAUAUCAA